AGGCCAUCGAGGAGAGACGUCGUCGUCCGCGAGACCUAACUAUUUUUUGCGGAAAGGCUGCGGAACGGCCUGAAAUUGCUCAGUCCAUCAAGACCAGUGCCUUCAGGCAAGCUGGUAUGAGAGACACAUGCAAUGGAUUUGGUCACAAGCCGCCUAUAGCAUUCGACAUCAUGCUAGCAUCCCUACGAGAGGACUGACCUCUCGCAUUCACCCGCUAUCAAAGGUUCAACCGCAUAGACUAUUUUCACUUUCUUCCACAUAUUUUUCAGUACCGCAAGCACAUCUACUUCCACACUCCCAUAAUUAUACCCAAGAGGUCAUUGACCCUGCGUCUCCCCCUCCGCCUGCAACAGCUUCCGAAAUAUCCCUCGCCGCAGCCCGUGCUGUCCGAAUGUCCUGCGCGAAUGGCGCUAUUGCCGACGCGCUAUUCAUUGUCAACUCUCUGCGCAGUUCCAACCUUCCUCUGCAGCCUUCUAACGAUAAGGGCGGAGGAUUACUCAGUGCCGAAACUCGACUACAAACCUAUCGACUUCGGUCAACCCGUCUCGCCAACUCUAUCUGCUCAUUGUUUGUUGCACCACUUCGUACGGCAGGGCAUGACGUUGAGAGCACGUCAACUUGCAGAACGGCUCAUGGAAGACGGAACUCAAAUACGUGCUUCCACGCUGCAUGCAGUCAUUCAGCAUCAAACGAAACGGGCCGGUGAUGGCAAAUUCUUACCAGCUCGAAGACCCUCACAACGAGACCCGUCGAAUAUCAUUCCGAAACAGGUCGAAGACCAAAGCACGCGCCUCGCUCUCAAGCUUCUUCUCCAUGCCCGACAGCAUCGACAACGCUGUUAUGAGCACACCUACCAGUUCAUCAUCAAUAUUUGUCUCGUUCAGGGCGAGAUCAUCGUCGCGUCGCUGUUGUUCGUGCUGCUGGUCAAGGACUGGGAGAUGAAAGCGAGCAGCCACACAAUCACGAGAAACAGGAGGCAGUGUGGACUCAGGCUCUUCCCGCAACUCCGCCUUCAAAACGCAUCCUGAAGACGAUACUCUCAAAGGCGCGGGAAGAAAUGGCCCUUGAUCCAGCAGAGCAGUCCAACCAGCCACAACGUAGGAGCAGCUCUUCAAGCGCUCUGUAAUAUUGCCUGGCCUUCUUGAUGCGCGGUUACUUCCUUACACGGAUGUGUCCUCCGUAAUACGCACCCUUGGUUUAGUCCCAAAAGAUCCAGACAAGGCAUGGGUAACAGAAUC